AUGAAGACUCAAGUUAUCAUCGCUACCGCUGCUUUGACUAUCGCUGCAACGAUGGACUCGGUGUCUGGCCUCGCCAAGUAUCUCAACGAAAUUCCGAACGGCAGUCUCUUCCAGCAGUCUCUCGGUCACAUUGGUGGCGACAGUUCCAAGACGACGCCGUUUGCCGAAGCGUUUGCUGCUGCCGAUCACACGUGGUCCAGCAGUCUGUGUGAAGCUAAAUUUCCUGGCUCGAGCAUGACCAACGGGGCCGCUUUCGGUGACCCGUGCUGCACGUGGAAGAAGGGCGGAAAACCGGACUUCACGGUGACGGCUUUCACGACUACACCCGGCAAGGCCACGACUUGCGCAUCGAAGGGUGGGUCGAGCGGAACUUCCUCGGGGGCUGGUGCAUCUGGAGCCGCUGAUGCUACAAAGGGGGGCAGCUCGGGUACUACCGAGAGCUCUGGCGAUGGGGCUGCUAAUGCCACCAAGGGUGGAACUACCGACACUACCGAGAGCUCUGGCGAUGGAGCUGCCGAUGCCACCAAGGGUGGAACUACCGACACUACCGAGAGCUCUGACACGGGAGCUAGCGAUGCUUCAACAGGAACUACCACUGGUGGCUCGCCAAGUGGAGCUGGUGAUGCCACCAAGGGUUCUCCUUGGGGCUCAAGCACCACCCCAACUUCCGGUGGUGGUUGCGCUGCCAAGAGAACUCUGCGUCGUUAGACGUACGAGUAUUCGCUAUGUGUCCACUGGUAGCUGUCUUAGUCGUGUUCGCAUCGCCUUAAAGAAGUAGCGAGAGAAGCUGCCUA